AACUCUUUAUCUAGGCUAGUGAUGUCAAAGUGGAAUUUGAUAUUAUCAGCUUAAAAGGAAUCUGCGCACUAUAGAGAAACCAUGAAAAGACACCAUGCUGUUGCUUUACUCUUCCUCAUGCAACUAUACUAUGGUGAAAAUUGUCCUGAAGAAUGCCAGUGCUUCUCAGCUACAAAGGUCAUUUGUUCGGAGGAAAAGAUGACUGUUUUACCUAUGAACAUCUCUGCCCAAGUGAAAGAAUUAAUUGUUGUGGCAUCUGGGGUCACACAUUUGAAAAUUAGUUCUUUUAGAGAAAACCUCAAACUUACUAAGCUGGUUAUUCUCAACAGUUGCUUAAAAGAGGUUUCGUCGAAGGCUUUUGACCACCUGGUUGAGCUACAGGAGCUUGAAAUCAGUGGAAACAAGUUGUUAACCUUUGAAUUGCAGACCUUCAACAAGUUGACUAACCUUGCAAGGCUUUUUCUCAACAACAAUAAGAUAACUGUUCUGCCCAGUGUAAUGUUUAACUCAUUACAAAAUCUGGAAACAUUGCAGUUGAGAGGGAAUCAAUUAUCAUAUUUGCCAAAUCUACUCCUUCGAAAUAUGCACAAACUUCAGGAACUUGACCUGUCUUUCAACAACAUAAGCUUUCUGUCCAGGGAUGUUUUUCAGAACAACUCUCUCUUGAGAGUGUUUUCAAUGCAGGGAAACAUGAUUACAGACCUUCCUCUAGAAAUCUUUGCACAUCUCAAUAGUUUGGAAGAACUGAAUUUGCAAAACAAUAAAAUAACUAAACUGGAUCAUGAAAUUUUCCCAACCACUCUCCGGAAACUCAUCCUUAAAAAUAAUAGACUGGUCCAGCUCUCCUCUGGGGUUUUUCACAAACUAAAACUGCUUUCAUAUCUGGACUUAUCUCAGAAUCAUCUCUCGGAGCUCACUGUGGACCUCUUUCACAAUCUCAUAUCACUGAAAAAUCUGGACCUGUCGGAGAACCAGAUUGUUUCAUUACCUAGUACUGUCUUCAAAGGACUUGUCGGUGUAAAAACAAUCAAUUUGCAUAAAAAUAACCUGAGCAUGCUAGAAGAGAGCUUGUUUAGGGAUCAGCAAGUAAUGGAAAAGUUGUACUUAUCCAUGAACAACCUGCAAAAUAUACCAAAUGGCUUCUUUGAUUACCUUGAUUUUCAAUGCAUAGUUCAACUCCAUGGAAAUCCCUGGCGUUGUGACUGUGAAAUACAAUAUUUAUUUGACUGGCUGAGGUAUAACAACAACAACGUGGAAGAUUUGAUUAGAAUUUACUGCAAUUACCCUGAAUUUAUUAGAGGCCACAAUCUGGUCUCUAUGGACAAGGAAAUGCUUGUGUGUUUGAAAAAUUUAAGUUCUGAGUUGCAAGGCUCCACUGCCCCUAUUGCCCAAAGUGUUUUUAAGAUACCCUUUAACAAUUACAACACAAAUCAGUGCUCCCUUCAAGAAUUUAAAGGUGCAACAUCUAUCCAGUGUAAAGUCACUAAAUGCACCAGCUUGAAGUUUCAGGCUGUUUUUGAACCCAUGAAUAGAAAUGAAUCUGAAUAUAUUGUGAGCACAGAAUGGUCAGCACCCGGAGGAUGUUUUAAUGAGACCCUUUAGAAAGAAAAAAGAACAUUUCAGACAAACAGUAGUUUUGUAAGAUUCUAAAUUAAACAGCCUUCCUUGUGAAAAUUAACCAUGUUUUUACUUUUACUACAAAAAAAUAUCGUAGUUAAACUAUACAGUAAAUAGACAAAUGAAACCAUGUUUAUAAUUAAAAAUUUAUAUGUAGUAAUCAAUACAGCAAGGAAUACUUUUUUACAUUUACCAAAAUUAUAACUAAAUUUGUGUAUUUUUUGUAAGGGAUUAACAGAAAAAAAACUCACAUCAUGUGAUUAAAUAUCGUCCAAAUUGGUGCUUUUAGUGUUGUUUGCAGAAAAAAUUACAAUGAAUUUUCAUGUAAAUCUGCAACAUUCUAACAGACUGCUGCAGAGGAAAAAUAUAGUGUCCUUGGCAGUAUGAUCAAAACAGUCAAUGAAAGUUUUGAUAAGAGAGGUGAAUGAACUUCAGUGGUGGUCGAAGUACAUUCAUAAGAGCAACAUGUUGUUUGAACAACUGACUGAUUAAUGAAAGUACACAAAAAAUAAAACGCUUUGAAUGUUUUUAAUUAUUAUGUGGGUGAAAUAACCUUGACCUAAUAUUAUCUUGUUUCCAUUGUUAGUAUUGUUAAAACUAAGUAAGUAAUAUGUGUGAAAUGUAAAAAAAUAAAUAUUAUUUAAACUGGCA